CAAGGCAAGGCAAAGGAGACCGUGAAUGUAUUUAUACUACGUCAUCAUCACAGCAGUAAACAUUGUCGCAAACCCUACUUCGAGGUUUUUCCUGCUGAUCUGCAGAUCAAGCCCCCCCCCAAAAAAAAAAAAAUUGAAUCAGAUCGGAUCAUCUAAAUCAGAAUGGCAAUCGUGGAGGUUGGACAGCGAGUUGUCCGGAGCGCCACCUGGACAUGGCGAGAUCAAGAUGGUGGUGAGGGUCAUCUUGGUACAGUGGUCAAGCUCAAAGAUCAUGACCCUCAGGAACCCAUUCCUCCAGGCUGGGCCAAGAUCAGAUGGGAUAAUGGUAAUGGUAACAACUAUCAGGUCGGGUCCAGUGGCUCAUAUGAUCUUGUGCUCUUCGACAACGCCCCCGCAGGUGUGAUUCAUGUUGGUAUAGUUUGUGAUAGCUGUUUGAUGAGUCCUAUAGCUGGCAUACGCUGGAAAUGCAAUGAUCAAAGCUGCCCUGAUUAUGACCUUUGUACUCCAUGCUACAUGAAUGAUAAACAUGACUUGACUCAUACAUUCACUCGCCAUACCAGCAGGAAAGAAACAGGGACACAAGUGACACCUCGAUUUGGGGAAACGAAGACAGUUUCCAGAGGGCUGUGUCCAGGGGCAGAGGUCUGUAGAGGGAAGAAUUGGCAAGGAGAUGAUGAAGAUGGUGCCGGUGGGACUGUUGUUGAGAUAUGUCCCUUCUCUGAAAGGCCACGGUCAGGCGUCGCAGUUAGCUGGACUCAGUCUAAAGUGGUCACUACUCAUAGAGUUGGAUUUGAUGGGAAAAUGGAUCUGAAAUGCACCACAGCAGGAACUGGGAUAGGUUACUAUGCUACACAUCUCCCUGUUUUAGGUAAAGAGGUUGGUUUGAAAGUUGGAGAUCUGGUAGCUAUUACUCUGGAAAGUGAAACAUUGCAGAUUAUGCAACAGAUGGAUGGGCGCGAGUGGUUACCAGAAAUGGGAAAUCUGUAUGGGAAGGUUGCCAAGGUUACUGGUAUCAAUUCAAGCGGGAACGCAGAGGUCACUUACCCUGGGAGAAAAGAUAAACCUUUUACCUUCCAUCCAGAUGUACUGAACAAGGUUCCAAGGCUAGGUAAGGGAGACCGUGUGCAGAUCAAUAAAGACUUAACGUUUGUGAAGAAUCUUCAAGAAAACAGUCAAAAUGGAUGGAUUGAUGGCAUGGAAAAGUGUCUAGGUAUGGAAGGGACAGUGAUGAACGUCGAUUCACGGUACGACAGCCGGGUACGAUUGAUUGGUGUGGAGAAAAUGUGGUCAUGGCAUCCCUGCUCCCUGAUCCUUGUCAAGAAGAACUCAUCAGAUGAUGACACGCAGGGUGCUGAAUCUCUAGGCCUCAAGCUAGAUGGAAGUGGACAAGCUGAAAUGCUCAAAGCCUUGCUAUCACUACUCAAGACAAAAGCUGGCAGCUUAUUAGAUAGUGAUUCAGACGAAGGAGGUGAAGAAUCUCAACUGAUCAAGGCCGCUAAGAGAGGCAAUGUUGAACGUGUUGUGGAGAUUCUAUCCACAUCGCCAGAAAAGGCAAAUGCAAAAAUUGGUGGGAAGACUGCUCUACACAUGGCAGCUGCCUAUGGUCAUCUUGAAGUAAUCCAGGCACUUCUGGAGUCAGGGGCUGAGAUAGAUAUCACCACUGAUGAUAGUGGGAGCACACCACUUCAUUUCUCUGUCGAAGGGGAUGAACCCGCUAUCACAAAGUAUUUGAUUGGUAAAGGAGCAGAUAUAAACAGAGGUAAUGAUAACGGACGAAGAGCGAUUCAUCAAGCAGCUCACAAAGGGUUUGUUGACUGUGCAAGGGUCUUGAUUAAUCUUGGAUGUGAUGUUAAUGUACAGGAUACAGAGGAAGAUACUCCCCUCCAUGACGCUAUAAUCAAGAGCAGGAUAGAUGUCAUCGAACUAUUGGUGAAAGUUCCAAACCUUGAUGUGACUCUGGCUAACAAGAGAGAGUUGACACCUCUACAGUUGGCAGCUGGCCUUGACAAACCAGAAGCUGCUGAGUUAAUUGCACAGAGUUGCCCUCAAUCUAUUGUUGUUGCAAGGGACGACGGUCACACCAUAUUGCAUAUCUGUGCAGUCAAUAACCAUGUAGAAGUCAUGAAGGUUAUUAUGUCUGUAAAGGAUCAUGGAUUAGAUGUAAAUGCUAAGAACGUGAAAGCAGAUACUGCACUACACCUGGCUGCUUAUAAAGGACAAUCCCACAGCAUAGAGUUUCUGGUGUCACAGGGUGCUGAUAUCAAUCUCCAAGGUGAAGAUGAUCAUACUGCCCUGCACCUCCUUGCCAACACUGCAGCGAAAGAUCCAAGUGAUAUCAAAGACACUCCUACACUGAGGAAGAUUCGCAAGCGCUUUAGAGGGUGUGGAGUUGAUAACAGUGCUGCCGCUGCACUUUGCUACAUGGUUCUUAAAGGAGCGCUCAUAGACCUAGAGAAUGUCCAAUGUCGAACACCGCUAUAUUACAUCAGGAAUGCUGAGCUGAAGAAGACUGUGAAGAAGAUUGCUCGUGAAAAGAUAUCUGAUGAUAUGUCAUCAUGGGAGGACCUCGGGGAAGAUGAGGAUGUGAAGAAAGGACGCCUGAGCAGUAACUCCAUUAGUGUUGAUGAAGAUGAUAUUAUCGUAAAGCGAAACGAUGGUUUGAGCGGUACUGAUAAAGGCUCUCCAAGGCGGAUAAGACAGGACUCAGCUGAGAAUGAAAGUGAAGCUGAACGUUCUGCAGGAAACCAAAAGAAACCUGGCAAGCCAAAAAUUGAAGUCUUCGAUCUUGUGCACAAAAUUGAAGUCUCUGACCUAGACAUGGGUCCUGUGGUUGGGAAGGGGCAGUUUGGAGUGGUCCAUCGAGCCUCAUGGAGAGGGACUCCAGUGGCAGUCAAAAAGAUCUCCAUCAUGGGUAGCAGAAAAGAUGAAAUUGAGAAGGAAGUCGCAAUACACAGACGGGCAUGUCAUCCUAACAUUGUUCAGAUGAUGGCUCUAGGAUACCAGGGAAGAGAGGCUUUCCUGGUAAUGCAGUUCAUUGAAGGGCCAAGUUUACACACCAUUAUCUUUCCUGAUAGGGAUGACGUUAAGGUUCCUCUAGACUGGGCCAAAAAGCUUCAGAUAUCUCGUGAGGUUCUCCAAGCCGUAACCUUCAUGCAUGCCUGUAACAUCUUACAUCUUGAUAUUAAGCCUGCCAAUAUUCUAGUGGAAUCUGCAACACUUCGUCCCUACCUCUGUGACUUGGGCCUGGCCCACAUCAAGAGCCGCAACCUUAUGUCCCAAUCCUCAGUCAAUAUGAGAGGCACACCGUGCUUCAUGCCUCCAGAGGCACUUGGCGCAACGGAACCCGGUUACAGGCACUCCAACAAACAUGACAUCUGGUCGGUUGCAGGAACAUUAGUGGAGCUGUACUCCAUGAAGCGCCUGUGGGGAGACUCGAUGAAUCCUCUGGCCCUGAUGGCUCGUAUUUUUACAGGCCAGAUGGGUAAUCCUGAGUCUUUGACAGCUGUAGAUCCUAAGGUUCAGAAGAUCCUUGAACCAUGCUUCAAACAGAAGCCAGAAAAGAGGCCACCAGCUUCUGAUCUCCUGGAUCAGUUCAAUGACCUCACUUAAUGGUAGUGUACAGAGUUUAUAAAAUGCAAAAAGUAAUCAUUUUCUUUGUUUUGAAAAUAACAAUAAUAAACAUAAUAAUGUUAUACAUUUUCCUAGCACACAUAUCCACCAAACAUGGUGCUCAAGGCGUUCCAAUAUUAUCCUGGCUGUACAGAGUAGUUAUAAUACCAAUUUCGGUACUCACAUUAUUCAAUAAAUUCCAUAUUACUGGUCUCUGUUGAAUACCUGGGUGGAGAGUGAAAAAUGUAGAUUCAUCUCUUGCCUAGUGCUGCCCUGGGAUCAAACACACAACCAUCGCAUCUCCGGACAAAUUUGACUGGAGAAUCAUAGAUAAAUUCAUAAAGGAAAGCGCAGAUCCUUAGACAACUUCACUCUUCAAUGCCUGCUAGAAAAAUGAAGCGUGAAAGAGAUAUUUUUGUACAAAGCAAUGGCUACGAUAGAUGUUUUUGUGACAGCUGGUGGGAUAAUGAAUAUCUCAAUGAUUCAUGUACAAUUGUUUUGAAGUGUUUUGUAUUCUGACGCGUCUCAAAGUGAUUUGGAACUCCCAUAGGAACAAAACAAGUAUUCAUCAGUUCGUAAAUAUAACCAGACUUUUUAAUAAGAGGCUGGCCAUCUGAGGAGGAAGAACAUCAUGAUUUGUUGCAACACAGUGAUCUGUCUGCUUGAAUGAUUUAGUCUAAUUUAAUGUAAAUGCUAUUUGUAAAUAGGA